AUGACUACACUUGCGCCAACGACGGCGUCACCACCGUCGCCGUCUGCGAACCACUCGGUAGACACCGACGCGAAGGGGAAACGCAAGGCCUCGACAGCCGGCAUCUCGGCCAACUCCCGACCUGUAAAACGGCGGGCGUCCAAGGCGUGCUGUUGUUGCCGCGCGCGGAAAGUCCGCUGUGAUGUGGUCGAAAAUGGCUCCCCCUGCACGAACUGCCGGCUGGAUCAGGUAGAAUGUGUGGUGACGGAGAGCAAGAGAAGAAAGAAGUCACGUGUUGAAGUGGACGGCGUCAAUAUGGGCCAACAUCAACAUUCCCAAUCACCCGUCGACCUCCCCGAUGACAGCAGCGUUCACCUUCUGAGAAGGCUCAGCGAAUGCAAUGGUCUCCCAGAUCUCACCCCGGCAUCUCCAUCCCUGCGAUCCGUCGACUUGGAUCAAGGGCAACACAUGCCUCAUCUUCUCUAUCAAAAUCAGACCAGUAGGAUCCCAUCGAGCGAUCGGUUUCGCCGACAUAUGGCGCCCAACCCAGCUGUUCCGGCCACUAUGCCGCUGCACCAUGUCACCUCGCAGAUCCAGCAAUUACUUGACCCGUCCUUUGGCAAUCCCCAAUCGGGCGGCGUCAUCCUUCCCGAUUAUAUCCGCGGUCUCCCCCCGCGGUUGCAAAAGGAAGACAUUGAUUACCUCGCCAUGAAAGGUGCUCUGACGGUGCCGGAUGUGGGACUGCGCAACGAGCUGUUGAAGGCCUACAUCCACUAUGUGCAUACGUACAUGCCCCUGCUCGACCUCGAGGAUUUCCUACAGACGAUAGCCCAGAAUGAUGGCAUUCGUCGAAUGAGUCUCCUCCUCUUUCAGGCGGUCAUGUUUGCGGGGACCGCGUUUGUCGACCUGAGGCAUCUCCAGGCCGCCGGGUACGGCUCCCGAAAAUCGGCCCGCAAGGCCUUUUUCCAGCGCGCACGCCUGCUGUAUGACUUCGACUACGAAGUCGACCGCAUUUCGCUCGUCCAGUCGCUCUUGCUGAUGACCUAUUGGUACGAGACCCCUGACGACCAGAAGGAUACCUGGCACUGGAUGGGCGUCAGCUUGUCCCUGGCCCAUACCAUCGGCCUGCACCGCGACCCCGCCAACUCGCGCAUGGAUGCCCGCCGCCAGCGCAUGUGGAAACGCAUCUGGUGGAGCACCUACACGCGUGAUCGUCUGAUCGCGCUGGGCAUGCGCCGCCCCAUGCGCGUCAAGGACGACGACUGUGACGUCCCCAUGCUGACCCUGGACGAUUUCGAGUUCCAACCGUUCUCGCCCGAGGUCGUGAGCAUGGUGGGCGAUUCGGAGGUUCUUCAGAGUACGAGUCAUCAGAAGGAGCUCGCGCUGAUGUUCAUUGAGAAGGCGAAGCUGUGUCUCUGCGUCAGUCACGUCCUAUCCGCCCAGUAUUCGGUCUUGAGCCACAAAUUCGGCGGUACGAUGGAGACGACCAUGAUGCUGGUCCCCAAGAAGUCGGCCGCGGAGACGUUCGAGGUUCGCCGGUGCGACCAGGAGCUAGAAGACUGGCUGGCCAAUCUUCCUGCUGAAAUCCGGUAUAUGCCGGCCGCGCCCGCGAAACUCAGCGAGGCGCAGGAAGUCCUGCACUCGCACCGGGCCCUGCUCAAGAUGGUGUACUUGACGACGUCCAGCGCGCUCCACCGUCCGCAGGUGCUCCCGGCGAUCCCGUUCCCCUCGAUGGACACGGAGCUGCAGGAUAUCUCCCGGAACAAGGUCCGCUUCGCCGCGGUCGAGAUCACCAACAUCGCCCAGGACCUCCACCGACUGGACCUGACCCGAUACUUCCCGACCACGGGCGUCACCGUGCUUCUCCCCGCCGUCAUCAUCCACCUCCUCGACAUCAAAUCCAGCGAUCCCAACAUCCGCAUGACGAGCCUUCAGCGCUUCUACCAGUGCAUGCGCAUCCUCCAGCGCCUGCGCGAAAUCUACGCCUCCGCCGACUUUGCCACCUCUUUCCUGGAGGCUGCCAUCCGCAAGGCCGGCAUCCAACUCACCGUCUCGCCCCAGGAUAUGCAGGCGCGCGCGAGCCACCACCCCGAUCCGCGGUCGCGCCUCAGCACCCUCACCCCACCCCCCGACUCCCUCGCCCAGAAGAUCCCGGACCUCACCUAUCCCAAACCCACGGGUACCGGUGUUGCCGGCCGCCUCGCGGAAGAUGGCCCUGCGGCCUUGUUCGCCUCCACACCGCCCCCGUCCGACGGCAGCGAAAACGGAAGCACCAACAACCUCAACCACGGCUACCACCAAGACGCCCUGAGCAUCCCCAACCUGGACUCCGAACUGAGCCUCAGCGAACUCAUGGACCUGGCCAACGACGCGGAGGUAACGCAGAACGACUUCGACGCGUUGAUCAACUUCGACGACGCUGGCGCCGACUUCUUCUCGGCCGACGACCACCAGGGCAACAACCCCAACACCAAGGGAUUGAACGGGUUCGGACUGGCAUCUAUGAACAACGUCCCCGGCAUGAUGGGCUUCGACCCGGAGACCAACCACAAGACGCCAUUGGGAGGUGACCGCCCGGCGUCGACAUUAGGCGUCGCCAGCGAAGCCCCACCGCAGCCUGAAGCGAACGGCCUCACCACCGACCUGGACACCGAUCUGGGACUCAACCUGUAA